CGCCGUCUGUCUCGAUGUUCGCUGACAAGCCUUCGACACCCGCACCCGCACCUGCCCCCUCAUCCACCUUUAACUUCUCUUUUGGCCAGCAAGCGCCAUCAACCCCCAAUCCGGCUCCGGCUAGCCAAGGAUUUUCGUUCGGAGCGUCUUCGAAUGCUACCAACGGUGCGCCUAGUCUCAGUUUUACAACUGCGACGCCGCCCCAGAACAACGCAAACCCAUUCUCAUUUAAGCCUACUACAGGUUCGAUGGGUACCAGUAGUUUCUUACAGGCAGGUGGCGAUUCAUUUACAGGAGCUAGUAAGACGUCUCUCGACGAGCAAGUCCUUGAAAGAUUCACUAACCCCUCUCUAGGCUCCCCGUUCCCGGCGCCCUCGAGCAUAGGUACGACUCCAGUGAGUGGUACACCGGAGCCACAGACCCAGAAUGAGGACGGCGAAGAGGCACCACAGGAGCAACUUUCGCUCACGACCGGCGGACCAGGCGAAGAGGAUGAAAUUAUUCUGCAUGAAGUACGGGCCAAAGCCAUAAAGUACGUAUCCAUCCGCAAGGGCGAGGAAGAAGAGGAGAAUAAGUCACCGUGGACGACUCAGGGUGUAGGCCCUCUCCGCGUUCUCAAGAACAAGUCGACCGGGACUGUUCGUAUGUUGCUCCGUGCCGAACCGAGAGGUCACAUCGCGAUGAACAAAGCCCUCCUAUCGGAUGUCGAAUACAAGUCUAAGGAGAAGACAGUUACCAUUGUAGCGGCAAGCGACAACGGAAAUGAGCUCGAGUCAUGGGUGCUACAGGUCAAGAAGCCCGACUUCGCGCAGGAGCUGGUUCGUGUGUUAGAGGCGAACAAGAGUGCGAACAAGAGAUAAGAUUGACAGAUUCGCAUUGGUGUACGGCGUAGGGCGGGUAUACUAGAGCAUUAGCAUUGAUGCUGGUAUUGUUUGAUUUCUCAUUUUCAGGGUUGAAAAAGCAUUCGGAAGCCCAGAGUAUGGAAGGCAUUGUUUGGUAACGUCGCAACUUGUUAUUGGAAGGGUAUCGAGCAAAAUGAAAGAUGCAUUCACCACUGUAGCUAAUGUGUACCUGAGCUUAAUUUCGACAACCUUGAGUUGUAAAUUAUCGCCUUGUUUUGGCCUUUACUUGAAUGUUGCACAUGAGCAUGAAGACUGUUAUAAUCGACUAUGAUAAUGAUAGGGGGUUAAAUAGGUACUUAGUACUAGUAUAUUCUCGCUAACAUUGAAGAUUGGUACGAU